UAAAAAAUAAAUUUACAAAUACAAAACAAAGUUAUAUUAAAAUAAUGUACUGUGAAAACUUUGCCAUACACAUGCACCUAAUAUAUAUGUUAAAAAGAGAUAAACAAUAUAUUUUAGCUCACACUUGCUUGAAAUAGUCACGAAAAAAAAGGAGGUUCUAGUUUUUAAAACGGACUGUCAAAGGCAAAGGGAAUAGAAAAAUUGAUAGCUUUUGUUUGUAGUACUCUGAUCUGGAAAAUUGGAUAAAAAAAAACAAUCAAAUUAUUACAUUUGAAAUAAGUGAAUAAAAUGUGGAAUUAAAGGACGAUGUGUAGUUAACAAAGGAACAUUGAGUGUUUGUUGUUGUAAUUGAAAGGAAAAUAGUAAUACGCGAAUGAAGCAAAAUUAGAAAUAGAAAUUUAACAAAUCAUAAUUAAGCACAGGCGAACCGAGAUUAUAUAUACCUAUAUAUAUAUAAUCAAGUUAGAAUAAAAGAAAUAAUUUUCUAAGAAUAACCAAAAAAAAUAUCUCGGAUCAAUUAUUAAGCGCUUUAAUUACAAACUGGGCAACCGGAGAUUUAAAACAAAUCUUUGAUGGCAAAUGUAACCUAUAUUGCAUAUAAAAAUGGAAACGGUUUGCAAGAUUGGUUUGAGUUUCUACUUAAAAUAUUUUAUCUUAGCUUGUAAAGCAAACUAUAAUAAAUAAUGAAAUCUAUAGCAGCGGAAUCAACAUCUUCUUUUCUACAUAUAACCAACGUAACUGGCGGACGAAUUGAUUUUCUCUCAACGAACUUUUUAACUACAGCUAAAGGAAAUUUUAAAAUGGAUAAUGACUCUCAUAUAAAUCUCAUCGAUGAUGAUGACGAAAAAGAUCCACUAGCUUUAGAUUCUUCAGAACAAAAUGUUUUACAGGAGCAAACGCAACCGUCAGUUAGUAGCAAGCACAGCUUGAGGCGUCAUGUUCCUCGAAUUAUUGUUAAACACUUACAACCAGAAAAGAAAAUAAAUACAACAUCAGGUCCAGUAACAUUAGUGACUUCUGCUACAACUACAUUAUGUGUAACUGGAUCCACGACAUGUCAAACUGCGACAAGAACCACACCAAGCCCAUAUAAUCGUGCAUGUAGCAGUAGGAGAAUACAACAGCAACAGCAGGCAAAGGCUGCAGCUGCUGCUGCUUUAAUCACAGCUACAACAACAACUGCAACAUCUACCACGUCAACAGCAAUAACACAAGCCUCUACAAUGCGUGAAGUACUGGCAUCAAUACCUGGUUUUAGUAUGAAACCGCGUAGGCGUUCAUCUAAAAAAAUCUCAACUGCUGCGCAGAUUGAACAGACAAAAGACGGGAAAAUUGAUUUGGAAACACCUGAUUCGAUACUGGCAUCAACGAAUCUUCGUGCGCUGUUAAAUAAACAGACAUUCUCAAUGCUCCCGCCUUUCUUUCAGUAUAAUCUUAUUCAACUCCUGCCUAGCGUUGAUCGCGAUGCUAUUGAAGUGGAGCAAUUUAGUUCACCGUCAUCGGAUCAAACACCUAUACAAUUGGGACCAUCCAGUCUUAAUAAUGAAUUUUUUGCCCGCGCUUGUUUAGAGUGGAGAGAAAGGUUGUCUGAAGGUGAAUUUACUCCUGAGAAUCAAGUUAAACUUAAAACAGAGGCUGAAAGAGAGAAAAACAAGUUAGACCCUUGGAAAUUAAAACAUUUUGAACCAAUUUGGGGAGAGAAAUCUAACCGUUCUGAUACCGGUAGUGAAUUAAAAAUGACUUUCAAAAAUGCUGAUGAUGAUCCUUGUGCAAGUACUAGUUUAUCCACAGUAGCUACUAAUAUAAAUAAGAAUGCUGACAGUGUAAAUUCUACUAAAUCACCUGAGGAAAAGCUUGAUUUGAAACUCGAGUCGAAAGAUGAUUUAAUGGCAACAAUAAUGAAAAAUAAUUUUGCUUCCACAAGUACCCUUAAUCUUACAACUGUAAUGCCCUCAAAUAUGAAAAUUACAGAUGAGAUAAAAAUCGAUUUAACAGAAACGCAAAAAUAUGAGGAAAAAGUAGCAGAUACUCAUCCACAAAGUUUGCAGCAUACACAGUCGGAUGCGGCUUUAAAUUGUGAUAAACAGACUGAUAUUAGAGAAAAGAAAAAUGCGGAUUCAAAUUCCGAUAUCAACUUGCUACACUUGAAAUCCAAUGAGAGUACAAUAAAUGAAAUACAAAAACGGUGUAUGAAACGUCCAUCUUCAAGCCCAGUCCAAGUAGAUGGUAGUGACAAGCGAUUAGAAAUAGACGAAUUUUCUGAAUUUCAUAUAGAGGGCAAACAUUUAAAAAUUGAUGAAUUCAUUGAUAUUGUUCCUAGUACAGAUAUAUUACCAGUUACAAAAACAUUGAUCAACAAUUAUUCUGAAACAGUACCGGACCUAUCUGUCAUUCGUAAUGACAUAACGAAUUACCAACAAUUACAAAAUUCGUUUUCAACAGCGGAAGGUUUAAUAGCUUCAAGAACUCCAUCUAAUAUAGGAAAAAUACAAAAUUUUAAUCAGCCUAGUACUUCCGGAAAAAGUUCACUUUUAAACAGUACCUGUGAUAGUAUUCCUUCGUUAUAUGCUUCGUCAACGGCAGCUUUAACAAAAACGCUUACAGAUUCUCAGCAACAAAGUCAGUCUCAGCAGCAGCAACAACAACAGCAACUGCCGACUGAAGAAAUGCAUGUUGAUUUAUGUACAAGCGUUGUACAAAUUGACGACGACGAUGAUCUUAUUGAACAAAAAUUUGUUGAUGCAGAAAGUUAUGUGCUAGAGUCAGUUGAAGUUAGCACCGAUAGUAUUACUGAUAUGCAAAAUGCUGCUAAUACAAUGGCUGGAAGUAAACAUAAUUUAAAUAAUGGUGAAUUUUUAUUUUCUGGAUCCCUAGAUCAUGUAAUCUCCUCAGAAAUGUGUGAUAACGCUUAUAUAAGUAAAUCUAUAAUCCCAACGAUUAUUUCAUCUGCAACCACCUCAUCGUUGUCAUCAUCUUCAACUUCUCUGUCAUCAACAUCAACAUCAGCAAACAAUAUAGUUGCAGAUAUGCAAUCCAUACUUUCAUCGACAUCAUCAUUAACACCUGCACAGCAGAAACACGACGAAUCUAAGAUAAUGGAAGAAGUUGAAUUAUCUUCCGAACCAACAACGAAUGAGAUUUUUUUUCAUGUGCAACAUGAUUGGAAUUUUGGUAAUAUUAAAAUGCCAGAUCAGCCAUCUACAAGUAGUAUAAACAACAUGCAAGGACACCAAAGUGUUAUAAAAAUGAGCACAAUUGGAGAUAAUGUUGAUAAAAAUAUAUCUGUACCUGUGGUAGUUACCAAAUAUGAUGAUGAAGAUGACACUCAGCAAUUGGAAAACAAAAUAGCUCAACCAAUUAAGCAUGACGACGAUAGCAACGAGAGAAUGGAGCAACAUGUGGCAAAUUCUAAACAAAUAUUAAUAAAUCAAAGACAGCAUUUGGAUUUGCAGAUACAGGAACAAGACCAGUUACCACCAAGUUAUCAACAACAUUCUGAGGUUUUACAUGAGCUACUGCCGGAUGUAAUAUGUGAAGUACCUAUGUCUACAGCUGAAAUGGAGGUUUCCAGCACUGUUGUAACGAAUUGUAAUUCCAAUGAUAGCACUAAUGAAAUGAAUUUAUGUAGCAGUAGUAAUAGCAGCAGUAGCAGUAGAGGAAAUAUAGAUUUAACAGCAAUAACACAUUUUCAACAACUGUCUCAACACCAGCAACAGCAGCAGCAGCAGCAACAUGAUCCGACGCAACGACAAAUUUUACUCGAUUCUAACGGUCAAAUAAUUGGAAAUUUUCUGGUACAACCUCAACAGCAUAUACAAAAUGCACAACAGUUACUACAACAUACAGCACAGCAGCUUCCUUUUACAUCGACAAAUCAGCAGACACCAUCAUUAACACAACACCAACCACAAUCACCACAAAAAGCACAUCAAUCAAUGCAAGUUAUGCGAAAACAAUUUGAAAUUAACGCAAAUGGCCAGCACUAUUUACCAGAUAAUGGUUCUCAACAUCAUCAAAUACAACAUCAUUUGCAACAAUUUAAUAUGCAUCAACAGCAACAGCAACAACAACAGCAGACAAACCAGCGUCAUUUUUUACCACAGCCACAAUCUCAAGUCACAAAUACAUCAGCUACAACUAGUAGUAGCAUUAUGCAUUCGCAUUCACAGCAACAACAACAGAAUCAUCAACAAAUUCAACUUCAACAACAUAAUCAUCAAAUGCAACAUAUUCAUCAGCAACAGCAUUUAUCAAACUAUCAAACUCUUUCACCAGCACAGCCUCAAAAAUAUAUUUCGAAGCAAUUAAGUAUUAUACCAAUGUCACGCUCAACAACAUCGCUUGCUGCCUCUUCAUCAAAUAUUGCUUCAUCUGUCGUUAUUCCGUCCACCGUAAAUACAUUUUCUUCAUCGUAUAAUAAUGUCACUUCGGCUACGAAUCCCACAUUAGUUUCGCACUCUUCCACAACUACUUCAUCUAAUUCGGGUGCUAUAAAAGUACUACCGCCAUCGGGAGUGCCUACAACAAUUGCACAACAGAAAGGUAAUGCCAAAAUUCCUACAGGAAAGGGUCGGAAAGCGACUACUAACAAAAUUCCACCUGGAGCAGUUAAUCUUGAACGUAGUUAUCAAAUUUGUCAAGCAGUUAUACAAAAUAGUCCGAACCGUGAUAACUUAAAAGCUCAACUUAGGCCUCCAUCAGCAAUUUUAAAUCAACAACAACAGCAACAGCAACACAAUUCAGUACCAAUCACAAACUCAACAUUAUCGGCACCUUCUGUAUCAACCUUAUCAAAUGCCUCCUUACAAUCUUCGAAUAUGCUGAAGCAUGAUGAUAUUAGCACGAAUGCUCUGCCAACUGGUAUGCCAUCUAAUGUAAUGGGUGUAGGUAGACCCGGUGUUUACAAGGUAAUUGGUCCACGUAUGGGAUUUCCACGAAAAAAAUAUGUGCAACGUAAACCAUCACCCACUUUAAUUCGGCAUGUUUUUACGGGUCAAAAUUCUAACACUAUGCAAGGAAACUCUGGUCCACAAUUAACUUUAAUGCAACAGCCAAUUGUACCCCAGCAACAUGAACUGCAUCAAAAUGGUAGUGGGCAAUAUGUGUUAAUACAUCGUGCAAAUGUUGGAGCAGCUGACAAUCAUGCACCUCGAGCAUCAAGUGCUCCUCCAGUACCUCAAAAUCAAAAUCAACUGCAUAAUAUAAAUGGAAUAACAGGACGCGGGCGUCCUGCUUCUGUUGAAGUGGAUACAUCAAACACCCUGCAUGAAAAUCCCCACGUUAUUAAUAAUGUUAACACAGCUAACAUUGUGCGGCGUAACAUUGCAGCAGGUAAUAUUGCAUAUAUUGAUGGACUUGCUACAACAACUCUUGAUGGCAAUAACUUUAUAGUAACAACCAGUAAUGCAACACCUAGUGGAGGAACUGUAGAUAAUAAUACAUCAAAUGACAAUUGUGCCUGUUCAAUGAAUGCAAUGAUUAUAUGUCAACAGUGUGGUGCAUAUUGUCAUGACGACUGCAUAAACUCUUCAAAACUGUGUAUAUCAUGCGUUAUAAGGUGAGACCUUAAAAGUAAAUAAUAGCUGAACUGGCCUCGCUUCACACCUACACCCAAAAUACCAUAACAAAAAAUAAUUUCUAAAAAAGACAAAGCUAACUAAAAUACGAACUUGAAAUUGUAUUACAAUACCAUUAAGAAAUAAUCAUAGCAGUAUAAUUAAAAAUUAAAAAUUAAAAAUUACAGAUAAUAGCUAAUAGAAAAUUAAU